UCAAUUUUCAAGCGAUUCUCUUCUAUUUAGAGACAAAAAAGGAGAAAGAAACAAAAAAGUUGAAUUGAACAUAUAAGUAUAUUUCUCAUGCAAUAAUCGUCCUUGAUACGUUAUUAACACUCAGAUAACACACUAGCCACUUCAAAAUAUUCUGAUAUGAAUUGAGAAUCACGGAAAUUGAAAAAGAUGCUCAAAAAAGAGAGAAAGAUAUUCUGUAGUGGAAAACUUCAAUCAGAGAUACGAAUAAUAGAAGGCAACAGCAGUUGGUGUAUUAUUGACAACAAUGAAACAUUUUCUUGUUUUUAUUCUAUUAGCAGUUGCUUCAUGCACGGAGUCACAAAUUAUUAAAAAAGAGGAGGAACAUGAGAGCUCCAUAGUGGAAGCUAAUGAUGUUAGAAUACAAGGAGGGGUGGCAGCUGGUAUUACUAAAUUCCCCUACAUGAUUUCAGUUCGAAGUACCAGUGGCAUACGCGGAGCAGCAGUAAUAAUAAAUAAAAACUGGGGUCUGACUGCGGGCUUCAUUUUUCACAAUUACGUAAAUGGAACUUUAACAUUCCGAACAGGAAGUUCACAGCAAAACAAAGGUAAAGUACUGAAAGUUGGCAAAUAUUUUGAUCAUCCCAAGUACGAAGGAGGAUGGACAGACGACCUGACUAUUUUCAAGUUCACAAAGCCCCUAACCAUAUCAAACACCAUCAGGCCAAUAAGUAUUGCUUCUUCGCUGCCAGCAAAUGGUACAAUGGUAACAGUGAGUGGAUGGGGAGACGAAGAGUGGGUCAAGGAAUCUGGAACAACGCAAUUGAGGGCAGUGAAGGUGAAGUACACUGACACAAAAACAUGUCAACCCCUCUACUACCAGGACGAUAUUGACGACGGCAAUUUCUGUACAUUAACACCAGACAAAUCUCCCUGCGCGUUUGACUGGGGUGCACCUGUAGUGCAUGAGAAAGCCCUGAUUGGAAUCUAUGUGGGCGGAGAGGACUGCGGCAGUCUUACAAAGCCGCCCCUCUAUUUGGACUUGACCAGAUACAGGAAAUGGGUCCUCGAUACCAUUAAGAGAAACUGAUGUCAAAUUUUUGUAAAGUUGGUUAAGAGAUUACUAUGGACUAUAAAAAUAUGCAGAUGAAAUCAUUUUGUUCAUAAUAGGAUGGAACAAUAUAAAAUAACUUUAUGACCUGAAAUAUCAUAAUAUAAUAAAUAUCAUGGAAGUAAAUCAUUUAUACUUUCAUUGCAGUAAUUUAAUUAUAUGACUAAGAGAUUUGAUAAAAGCCCUGAUCUGAGCUACUGCAUUUCAAAUAUUGAUAUUCUAACUUCUAUAAAUGUACUUUUGGAAGAAUAUACUUUUCACAAAUAAAUUGGUUUUUAUUACCAAUUCACCACUUCACGAGGAUGCAGAGUGCCCUUCGAGAAAGCUUCGACUGAACUUCAACUCAGCGACCAUCCUGACGUUUGCUGCCUACUAAGGCAAUUUCUAAGCUGUUCUGCUGCACUAGAUAACCAUACAAAAACUAAUUGUUAUAAUGUAUAUCUUUGUAACUCA